AAAAAAUUGAACUGUUUUCGUAGACUCUGGAGCUUAUUGUCCUUAACUUUGUUUGGGCAGGAAUUUGUAGCCUUGAAGAUCCAGAAAAGUGCACCACAAUUUGCUCAAGCUGCUCUUCACGAAAUUGAAGUCCUUUCUGCUAUUGCCGAUGGUGAUCCCUCUAAUAGUAAAUAUGUUGUUAGACUUAUUGACCAUUUUAAACAUACAGGCCCAAAUGGACAGCAUUCAUGCAUGGUCCUUGAAUUUCUGGGUGACAACUUAUUGCGUCUCGUCAAAUAUAAUCGUUAUAAAGGCCUUGAGCUGGACAAAGUUAGGGAAAUAUGCAAGUGCAUUCUAACUGGUCUAGAUUAUUUGCACAGUGAACUUGGAAUUAUUCAUACAGACCUAAAACUUGAAAAUGUUCUUUUACUUUCCACGAUUAAUGCCACGAAGGAUCCAAUUAGAUCGGGAACACCGCCCAUACUUGAAAGGCCUGAAGGGAUCCCAAAUGGAGGAGCAACAAUGAAUAUUAUUGAGAAAAAGCUAAAACAAAGGGCAAGGAGGGCGGCAGCCAGGAUAUCCGGUAAAAGGGCUUCAAUGGGUGGGGUGGGAGGAGGUGCGAAAACAAAUAGAAGUCUUGAUGGGAUUGACUUGAGGUGCAAGGUUGUGGAUUUUGGAAGUGCAUGCUGGGCUGACAAGCAGUUUGCACAAGAAAUUCAGACACGACAGUAUAGGUCUCCAGAAGUUAUACUUCAGUCUGGAUAUUCCUUCUCUGCUGACAUGUGGUCUUUUGCUUGUAUUGCAUUUGAGCUUGCCACUGGUGAGAUGAUGUUCACACCCAAAGGUGGACAAGGUUUCAGUGAAGAUGAGGAUCACCUUGCUAUGAUGAUGGAGCUUCUAGGAAAGAUACCUCGGAAGAUAGCCAAUGGUGGGGCUCGAUCUAAAGAUUACUUUGACAGAUAUGGAGAUUUGAAGAGGAUCCGGAGGCUAAAGUAUGGGUCUUUAGAAAAAUUACUUACUGACAAGUUCAAAUUUUCUGAAAUUGAUGCUCUUGAAUUUGCCAAAUUUCUUUGUCCGCUUCUUGAUUUUGAGCCAGAGAAUCGACCAACUGCUCAGCAGUCCUUGCAACACCCAUGGCUCAACAUUAACAGUCUAAACCAAACAGAGGUGAAGAGUGAUUCUUGUAUGGAAAAGGUUAAUGUCGGGAUGAAAAACCUACAAUUGAAGGCCGGUAAGUGAAUGGAUGGUCUUCUCACUGCAGCACCUCUCCAUUGACCUCUCUCCCCAGUAUCAGAUUACUUGUGAAUUAAUUUUGGAUUGUUUUAUGGUUUAAUUAGAUUCAAGUCAUUGGUAGACUUAGAUGUAUUAUUUUGAUUGAUUAUCACGAGGAAACAACCUCCAAUAGGAGAAAUUGGCAUCGGUCCUGAAAUAUUCCUAGUUGAAGCUUCCACUUGUUUUAAUGAUGUUGACAUUCACCAAAGAGACAAUCCUUCAUUCCUCUAACAAAUAAGUUGGCCAUGUUCUAUUGAAGGCCCGGAGGACCAAGCAAGCUACAGAGUUAGUAGUAUAUGGCAUCAUCUGGACUCAGCAUUAUCAAUACAGGAAAGAGUCUUUAGCAGCCUGUAGAAAACAUUAAUGGGAGCCUCUUGAUAUGGAGUGUGUUAUGUACAUUAAACAUUAAAAGAAUUGGAUUCUGUGGAGGAAGUAUAUUCUCCAUUUCUGCAGGUAGGAAAGAAUUCUUUUCUCUUUUGAUUUUAACCCAGGUUGAAGUCUUUGUAACAACUGAUAUAUACAUAUUUUUAUAUACAUCACUGAAAAUAUUAGGUGCCA